AUGCCGAAGAAUAAUGAUCAUCACUAUUAUUACAUCCUCCUCUCUCAUAUUUCACUCUUCUUGCUUAAUCUUCUGCCACUCUCAUCCUCAGUGCCGCUGCCGGUCGGAAUCUGCUAUGGCCGUGUAGCAAACAAUCUCCCACCGCCCACUGCCACCGUCGAUAUCCUCAAAGCCAAUAACAUAACAAACGUCCGUCUCUUCAACACCGACCCUGCCGCUCUCAGCUCCUUCUCCAACACCGGGAUCAGCGUCAUGAUCGGCGUCCCUAACGAAAUCCUCCCCUCACUCACCACCGCGUCCGCCGCCACCGAGUGGCUCCAAUCUAACAUCUUUGCCAUAAUUCCAGCCAACCAAGUCCGCUACAUCGCCGUAGGCAACGAGGUCUUCAACAAAGACCCGUACUACACUCCCCAUGUGGUUCCCGCCAUGCACAGCCUCCACCAAGCCCUCCAAACCCUAAAUCUCUCACUUUCAAUAAAGCUUUCAUCGCCUCAAGCCGCCUCUGUGCUUUCAAAUUCCUUCCCUUCUUCCUCGGGCUUGUUCGAUCCAGAACUCAAACCAUUUCUGCUUCCACUUCUUCAAUUCUUGCAUGACACGGCGUCUCCCUUCAUGGUGAACUUGUAUCCCUAUUUCAGCUACUUGAACAACCGUCCCUACAUCUCUGUUGACUAUGCCUUGUUUCGGGACCCAAAACUGGUCCACGACGGCGCGUUGGUGUACGACAAUCUAUUCGACGCGAGCGUUGACGCGUUUGUGAGCGCGUUGGAGAAGGAAGGGUUUGGUGAUGUUGAGGUGGUGGUUUCUGAGACCGGGUGGCCGACGAGCGGUGGGGAAGCGGCGAGUGUGGAAAAUGCGCUGGCGUAUAAUAGAGAGGUGGUGAGGCGGGCGGCGGAAGGGGUUGGGACGCCGAAGAAGGCGGGUGUAGGGCUGGAGGUGUACUUGUUUGAUUUGUUUGAUGAGAAUGAAAAAGGCGGGGAGGAGUAUGAGCGGCAUUUUGGGAUUUUCGGGCUUGACGGGUUUAGGGUAUAUGACCUUACUUUCAACUGA